UACUAGCCUACACCCCCUGUCCUCCGCUCUCACGGAAAGUUACAACUGAGUGAGGGGGUAUGACAUACACAGCUCCGAAUGGCAUAGGAGGGAGUGGAAAGCUCGUAGCAUGUAUUCCGAGUAAUAUGUUGUCCUCAAGUGUUUUCUUCCGUACGUUUGAAUGACAGAAGGACAACUGACAUCCAGAAUAUGUAUGAAUGGGGGUGCUGGUCACGGUGAAGCUUGUCGAUUAUCAAGCACGAUACGUCAUUGCGAUCUGCAGGGAUUGGCUGAAUUCUUUUCCUUUCUCUCAGUUUUUGCAACCCCGGCUGGUCUUCGCCUCCGGAACAGCGGGAACCCAACAGUAACGUCAGGGUGAUUCCUACGGGACUCUGAGACCCUUUACACUCCGGAGGAAUGGUCGCAAUAUAGCGGUUUUUGGAGAUACGCUCUGGUGGAGAUUGUAUUCACAGCAUUUCCCCCGUCAUUCUCGGAAUACACACUUUAUCUGUGAAACGUGCUAAAUGGGUACCAGGACAUCCGAGAAUGUGGCGCUUUCCAUACCACACUGCACCUUCAACGGGACUGCCCAAACCAAUGGGACCUGCAUCGAGCAAAUGGACCAGCUGUUCCAGUCGUUCUCAUCCACCGCCGUGCUCUUCGUGCUCAUUGCGUUGAUCAUUGGAAUCAUAUUUAUUUCCAUCGUCACUUUUCACUUUCACAAAAGUAAGAUGAAAAAGCGAAAGAUACAGAAGGCCCAAGAGGAGUACGAACGCGACAACUGCAGCCCCAAAACCGUCAAAGGAAAGCCGGUGGUCAGGCAGUGUAUCAUGGUGAGACCGGGGAAACGGUCACCCGCCGCAGUCCAGAGAAGUGAACCAAACACACCGUCUCAGGAAGACUCCAGUGUUACACCCAUCCCGGAGAACGAGUCAAAAGCGAACACACGACACACAGGACAGGAAAAUGACCAGAACUUGCUAGAAUCUGUCGCGGUGUCUUGAUAAUGCAAUACCACGAAGCAUUUAAGGAACAAUGUAAAUAGAUACCGUGUAUUCAUACUAUUAUAUUACAUAGGGGUUAAAUCGAUUCUACAAUUCUACAAGCAUGAACAAUUAUAAGUCUUCAUUAUAGCUUCAGCAGGAGCGCGAAGCAACCACUGAGAGCAGUAAAUUACUUUAUACAGAGCGAACAGUCUUGUUUCUGGAUCCUUGACGGUUUCCACCGUCCUUUCCUGGGGGACUUUACCGGCCUAAAGCUUUUUGGAACUGGGGACCACCUACUGGCAAAUUGAAUUAACUGUAAUAUAAUGAUAGUUACUGGGAAAUGUGAUACUUAUUUUCUUGCCGGCGAAGUGUUGCUGUGGGUUAUCGGAGUCAGGCAGAGAUGCAGGAAAGGGGCCGGGCGUGUGUUGUUCAUCUUGUAUAGUAGACCGCCGCUGUCCAGUGAUGAGGUGCUGAAACGAGGACGCGACGCGGACUGAUGUCCCUCUCCCCGUAGAACUCCCGUUAGUCGCGCAUAUUCUUUUGUAGACUCCCUUCUCUUCAGUUUAUGGUAAACCAGUCAACGUUAAGUGUUUCAGUAGAGCAUAAUUACUUCCGUUAAGAUAGCUUAUAGCCUAGUAGUUCGAGAGUUAAACCUGGCCAUUUUUAGUAUACUUUCCUGCCGUAUUAACCUGGCCUAGACAUACGCAAUUUUAUACCCAGCUAACCCUUUCCCGAGACUGUUAACGUGAAACUGCAGCUACUAGUGGUUGUAUACCCUUGUUUUGGUCACGGUGCUGUAUAGUGAUAUUUAUGUACUACUACUAAGGCAUUUCAGUUUAGUCAUAAUACAGCUCAGAGUCAAUUUAAUGCUUUUAUUUUGCUCUUUAAACUUCCUUGAUUAUUUUCGCUCUAUUUUGCUUUAGAUAAAUAUAUAAAUAAUUAUUCUUUCUUGAUCAUUUAUUUAAAUCAUAGGAUUAUAAAAGUGUAACUCAUGAACUACAAUAAAUGAGAACUAAUUUUAAAA